AGGGCUGAUACGCUGGCAGCCUACGCCACUCCUGCUACUACUUUCCUGGCUGCUGUUAUGAGGUCAUUGCAUCAUCAUCCUUCAAAGUACGCGUUCCCUCUCAGCGAUAACUGCAAAGCUCUUGCUGUCCUCCUCUACGACUGUUUGGGCCAAGAGGACAGCCACUCAGAGGAAGAGUUCCAGAGGUUGAUUCACCAGACCCUUUGGAGCUCAGUUGCUACUUCCGUUGAAGGGAUUGACUCAGAUCAAUGGCAAUGUCCCCUCACGUGUUGGCUUGCAGUCUCGAGCCUGCGAGAAGACGGACGAUUCCUUACGGCAAAGGACUACACGCCUGUUCUGGCAAAAUGGGAAUACCUCUUGCGCAACGUAUACAUGUGUCAAGGGAUGAUAGAGAAAGAUAAUUAUCCUGAUCACUUGCAGGGUGCUAUUAGGACACUGUGUCAACAAUGGCUGACAGACGACCACGCCUGUCCAUGGAAUACCCUCCGUGAUCACCAGCGCUUUGCAUCGUCUUUGGCCUUACAACAGCCUGCCGCACCAAAAAUCACCUGGUCGCCUGACAUGACCUCUGUUACCUGCCAAGGGCGAACCCUACAAAUCUCCCGCCUCCACGAUGGUUUGCAGAAACUUGUCAAGAGCGUCCAACAACGGAUGCAGCAGCUGUCUGACGGCCACGUUAUACCACUCAGCGUCCCUGCUGACUUGACGGAAGAUCUGACAGAUGAUCGAGUUGGUUAUUCUUGGCUCACAUUGGGCCAAUUUACUCCCACCGAUCUCCCUCUUCUCAAGAUUCUCCUUGAACACCCCAAAUAUUCCCUUGCUCACGUUGACAAUAACGGCGAGUUCCAAUGGAAUCACCCUGGGCUCCAGGCACUCCGCCGAGACCUUUCCGAACUCGUUUCUGAGCUGGCUGUCCUCUGCUUCAUGACUCCUGCCCCACCACCCCGAGGAACGGAGUUUGUGGACACCCGUCUCAGCAAUGCCCAGAUCCCACGAAACAUGUACAAGAAUUAUGGGACGUGGUUCAUUCACCAGCGCACGAAGACUUCUGCCCUCACGGAGUCCCUGUCAUGGGUUCCCACUCUAUGCCCUGAACCUGUUGCAGCCCUUGUUGACUGGUACCUCGUGCUAGUUCGUCCAGUUGAAAACAUCAUUUCCCAUGUGCUGGAUGAUGAUGCGGCCAGGGCAAACCACCGCGAGUAUAUGUGGAUGUCCAACGGCGAGCAACUUGACUCAGGGCAGUUUUCCCACAUCCUGGAACGCGUCACCCAUGAUUACAUGGGCUGCGACCUAUCACUCCAUUACUGGCGACACAUAGCGGUAUCAAUCAUGCGCGAGUUCAUCCCCCCUUCUGGCAUUGUCGACAACUUUGGCGACAAAUCCAUGAACCACAACACGGACAUGGCACGUCGUGUCUACGCUCGGGAGGUGGGACAUCUUCCAUACCUCACCACAGACGCCAUGCUCCAGAGUCGCCAGUUUGGCGCAGCGUGGCACAAUGUGAUGGGUCUUGGCGAGUCACCGUGCCCUGUUGCUCUGCGUCUGUUCGGAUAUCAGGCAAACACUGGCAGUGGUCAAACUGCCCAGUCCAAUCAAUCGCUCCCUGCCCAGCCCACUUUUGAUCUUGCUCAGCUUUCUGGGCUUGUGGCUGGCGCAGUGACUCGAGGGAUUGAAUCGCUCAAAGUUGAGCUGGAAGAUCUUGUACGCACGUCUGUUAUGGACGGUCUUGCUGCCAUGCGCUCAACCUCUGGCCACUCCGCUCACCCCAUCCCAAACCUGCUCACACCGCCUUUCAGCUACCCCCCACAGCCAAACCAACAGCAUCAGCAGCCAUUGGGCCAUUCAUCUGACUCUUCCAUCCCUUCCCCUGGGGAUCAGGCACACGAAGAGCAAGCCUCGCAACUCAUGGACGUUGACGAGUUGGGUUCUGGGCCUACCAUGAACGCAACUCCAAGUCUCCCAUCAACUGCUGACCUCGAGUCAACCCUCAGUGGCCAAACUCCUAGCCCAACUCCUAGGUAUCAUGAUUUCCCUGCACGCCACCCGGAACCAUCACAUGGAGUUGUCUCAGCAAAGCCCUCUGUGGCCGUGAUCCCAAAAGCCGAAGUGCUGAAAUGUCUGCAGAUCACGCUGCGGAACCCGGAGGCCACGUUUACAUCAGACUCUCAGUACCGUCUCAUCUCGUCAUCCCUCUCCCUUGACCAGAACGUCGUCGCCAUACUGCCAACUGGCGGUGGGAAGAGCAUGUGCUACGAAGUGCCUGCAGUCACAGACGACAAAGGUCUCUCAAUUGUGUUCGUCCCGUUUGUUGCCAUCAUCAACGAUCAACUCCGGCGGGCGGCUGCAAAUGGGAUCAAGGCAGCCAGAUUCAACUCUUCUAGUCCUCCUCCAGACGACCUUCAGCUGUUGUUCGCGUCUUGGGAA